UGUUUUUAGGGUUAGGAAAUCUUGUUUUCGGAAAUACUUAGAUUGCAGGUUAAGGAAAGUAGGGUUUAAUUAGAAAUCGGAAACCUAUUGUUUUUCCCCUAUAAAAGAUGCAAGUCUGUUGUAAGUGGUCUUAUUAUUUCUGUGUUUCAGUCUUCACUUUCGUCUCUCAUACCAACAUCUUAAUAAUUCGUUCACUCAGCCUCUGUUAGUAUUCGAUAGAUAUGUCUUUCCGAGCAAGGGGGUGUGUGAUUAACGAUCCAGUAGGUCAAAAGAGAUUGACCAACGUUGCGGUUGUUCGUCUAAAGAAGCAUGGAAUGCGGUUCGAGAUUGCUUGUUUCAAGAACAAAGUCCUGUCCUGGCGUUCUGGAAUAGAGAAAGAUAUAGAUGAAGUAUUGCAGUCGGUUACUGUUUACUCAAAUGUUUCUAAAGGAGUACUUGGCAAGUCCAAAGAUAUGAUUGCUGCCUUUCAAACGGACGACUUAUCAAAGAUUUGCAUUGAGAUUAUGCAGAAGGGAGAGCUUCAAGUUGCUGGGAAGGAAAGAGACUCUCAGUUAUCAAGUCAAUUUCGGGAUAUUGCAACCAUAGUCAUGCAGAAAACGAUCAAUCCAGAAACUAAACGUCCAUAUUCUAUUAGUAUGAUUGAGCAGCUUAUGCAUGGAAUUCACUUUGGUGUUGAUCCUCAUAGCACCUCAAAGAAACAGGCCUUAGAAGUUAUACGUGAGCUUCAGAAGCGGUAUCCCAUCAAAAGGGCCCCAAUGAGAUUACGGCUCAUCAUACCUGAAGAAAGUUCAUCUUCUCUUAUGGAAAAGCUCAAUGCAUGGAAUGCAGAUAUAGCAUCGAAAGAUGAAUCUGGAAAUCAGAUAUCUUUGGUCUGUGAGAUGGAGCCUAGUUUUUUCCGAGAAUGUGAUGCUUUGGUUAAGAGUCUCCAUGGAAGGUCAGAAAUGCUUGCCGUAUCAGUCCACUUUGAGAAGGAUACCAAUAUUGACCAUUACGAUGAUCACAAGGACGUCAUUGAACCAAGUCAUCAUCCUAUAACAUCAUCGAACGCUGCGGAUUUAGAUGAGAUCAAGUUAAGUGGGGGACUACAGAAACAGUCGAUUUCCACAAGAAAUAAUGGGGCUGAUAAGAGAAGUGCUGGAGUCGAAGCAGUAGAGGUGAAACAAAGCAAAUGUAGUACCUGCAAUGUGUUCGUGGGGGAUGCUAAGCAAUACCGUGAACACUUAAAGAGUGAAUGGCAUAAGCAUAAUCUGAGGCGAAAGACAAGGCAACUCCCCCCUCUCACUGCUGACGAAUGCUUGGAAGAUAUGGACAUGCGUGAUGCGAAGUCAGAUUUGAAAGAGUACACAUUUUAAUAUCUGCUGUAGAACUUGUUGUUUACAAUUGAUAUGUUGUUGAGAAAGGCGGUGAAACUUAG